CGCUGUCUGAUCAUCUGUCAGAAGGGAUUGCCGUUUAGCGCCCGGUCCUUGGCUGAACCCCUCCCAGCUGUGAGGGCGCCUGCCCGGGCAAGGAUUCGUCGCGACCCUUGGUCCAUUUUUUUGUCGUCAAGGGGAAUAGAUCUCUCUCUAACAACUGUACUGGUCAUGGAAAGGCGACAAGAUAUUCAAGACUCUUGCAUCUUCAUUUAAGUGGAAACCGAACUCAGCAACUGCGGCUUCCCCGGUUGGCAGUUCUGUCGGGUGUUUUAUCACGUCGAAAAAUGGCUACCAGCUACCCUGGACAGGAUCGAGUAGUUGCUCUGGUGGACAUGGACUGUUUUUUUGUUCAAGUGGAGCAGCGGCAGAAUCCUCAUUUGAGAAAUAAACCUUGUGCAGUUGUACAGUACAAAUCAUGGAAGGGUGGUGGAAUAAUUGCAGUAAGUUAUGAAGCUCGUGCUUUCGGAGUCACUAGAUACAUGUGGGCAGAUGAUGCUAAGAAGUUAUGUCCAGAUCUUCUUCUGGUACAAGUUCGUGAGUCCCGUGGGAAAGCUGACCUCACCAAGUACCGGGAAGCCAGUGUUGAAGUGAUGGAGGUAAUGUCUCGUUUUGCUGUGAUGGAACGUGCCAGCAUUGAUGAGGCUUUUAUAGAUCUGACCAGUGCUGUACAAGAGAGACUACAAAAGCUACAAGGUCAGCCUAUCUCAGCAGACUUGUUGCCAAGCACCUGCAUUGAAGGGUUGCCCCAAGGCCCUACAGCUGCAGAAGGGACUGUUCAGAAAGAGGAGAUGCGAAAACAAGGCUUACUUCAAUGGCUUGAUUCUCUUCAGAUUAAUAACACCGCCUCUCCAGAACUGCAGCUCACCAUGGGAGCCGUGAUUGUGGAGGAAAUGAGAGCAGCCAUAGAGAGGCAGACGGGUUUUCAAUGUUCAGCUGGAAUUUCACACAAUAAGGUCCUGGCAAAACUGGCCUGUGGACUAAACAAACCCAACCACCAGACCCUGGUCUCACAUGGUUCAGUCCCACAGCUCUUCAGCCAAAUGCCUAUUGGCAAAAUCCGUAAUCUCGGAGGAAAGCUAGGGGCCUCUGUCAUUGAAAUCCUGGGGAUAGAAUAUAUGGGUGAACUGACCCAGUUCACUGAAUCCCAGCUCCAGAGUCAUUUUGGGGAGAAGAAUGGGUCUUGGCUAUAUGCCAUGUGCCGAGGGAUUGAACAUGAUCCAGUUAGACCCAGGCAAAUACCCAAAACCAUUGGCUGUGGCAAGAACUUCCCAGGAAAAAUGGCCCUGGCUACUCGGGAACAGGUACAAUGGUGGCUUUUGCAAUUAGCCCAGGAACUAGAGGAGAGACUGACCAAGGACCGAAAUUACAAUGACAGGGUAGCCACCCAGUUGACUGUGAGCAUUCGUGUACAAGGAGACAGACGUCUCAGCAGCCUGCGCCGCUGUUGUGCCCUUACUCACUAUGAUGCUCACAAGAUGAGCCAUGAUGCAUUUGCUGUCAUCAGGAACUAUAAUGCUUCUGGAAUACAAACUGAAUGGUCUCCUCCCCUCACAAUGCUUUUCCUCUGUGCUACCAAAUUCUCUGCCUCUGCCCCUUCAUCUUGCACAGACAUCACCAUCUUCUUGAGCAGUGACCCAAGUUCUCUGCCAAAGGUGCCAGUUACCAGUUCAGAAGCUAAGACCCAGGGAAGUGGCCCAUCAGUGACACCCACCAAGAAAGCAACCAGUUCUCUGGAAUCAUUCUUCCAAAAAGCUGCAGAAAAGCAGAAAGUCAAAGAAGCUUCACUUUCAUCUUUUAUUGCCACUACCCAGGCCCCCAUGGCCAAGUCACCAUCCAAACCCUCACUGCCUUUCCAAGCCAGUCAUACUAAAGGAAUUCAGCCCUUCUUUAAGCAGAAAAGUCUGGAAGCCCUAAAGCAGAAACAGCUUAAUAAUCCUUCAGUUUCCUUUCCUCCACAAAAUCCAUGGUCCAACCCUAAAGGGCUACCAGACCAUUUUCCGACAGGGAAUCCAGAUUGUGCCCACGCUUGUGAAGAGGUGUUGAAACCAGAAUCCUCUAAAGCUACUCCUGCAGUGAUGGCUUUGGCCCAGAGCAGCUCAAGCAGGCUUGCUUCUUUAUCCUCCAAGUCUGCUUUGGAUGUGGCUCAAAAGGCAGCUACUACUCCAAGUCUUCUGGAUGCUGAAGACCAAGUGUCCUGUGAGAAGUGUGGCUCCCUGGUACCAGUGUGGGAGAUGCCAGAACAUACAGACUAUCAUUUUGCAUUGGAGUUGCAGAAAUCCUUUUUGCAGCCCCUCUCUCCAAAGCCCCACGUUGUUCCUGCCAUUUCUCCUCAAGGCAAAAGAAAUCCUAAGAGCCCUUUGGCCUCCAGUAACAAACGGCCUAGGCCUGAGGGCAUGCAGACACUGGAAUCAUUUUUUAAACCAUUAACACACUAGUGUAGCCCUCAAGCCUGCUACAAGGUGUUAACAUUUUAUCUGUAACCUGGAAGAUGGAAAUAUGUUCACUUUUCAAGGAAAUCUAUAACUUUAUGAAGUUUUUAAUAAGAAAAAUAAUCCAGUUAGGUGCUGUGUUAAGGCUCCCAUCUCUUCACAGGCAUGGAUUCUAAUCCCAUCGCCAAUAGAGAUAUAAAAAUUCAUCUUCCAGAGAUACUACUUUGAAUUUUUAAUCUUUCGAGUUUAGGAAGGCAGUGUCAUAGUAAAAAGUGUGUGGGACCGGGAGCCUGAGACACAUGGUUCUAUACCUCACUCUGCCUCUGAAUAUGGCCUUGAGCAGGUCACUUUGCUCAUCUGUAAAAUUGAGUAUACUUUAUAGAUUAUGGAAGAUUAGAAAUAAUGUAAAGUGCCUAGCUUAAAGAUGGCAUAGAGAAGGAACGAGGUAAAAAAAAAAAAAAUUUUUUUUUUAAAGUUUCUCAUCAGCUGUAUUACAGGAGCAGUUCAGAUAAUACUUUGACGCAAACUCCAUAUUUUCAGUUGGAGAAUGGGAGGGAGUGAUAGGUAAGUAGUUUAGGGCAGGGCUCCGUACACAAAAGCUACUCAAAUACUGAAUUUCAUGCAAGUAAACCCUAUUAUAAAGGGGCCUUGGUGGUACAAUGGUUAAGUGUUGGGCUGCUAACUGAAAGGUUGGCAAUUUGAACCCAGCGACUCCGAGAAAAAAGACCUGGCGAUCGAUCUGC